UGUUCUGAGGAUAAAGACAGGAUGUGAGUCCUGGUGGAGUUUGCUAACGGGAGCUAUAUUGAUUAUUACCGGCAUUUCAGUCCCAACACGACUCUUGUUGGAGAAGGAUCAUGGGAUGAGAGCAAGAAUCAGCUCUGUAUUGUUGCUUGUCAGUUUUUGGGCAUGACACAAUCUUUUUCUGAUGCUCAUCUUGGUAAUUGUUCAACCAUGUUGACCUUGAGGUUCCCUGAAGUCUGGUCAAUCAGAGGUGCUAGUAGCAUGGUGGGACAAAUUUGGAGUGUCGAGGCUGGGAAUGAAUCUGGUUACUUCGAUAAGAUCAUGUUUCAAAGUGAUAGGAAUUAUAUGCGAGGGGAUGCCAGUGUGUCUAGUGCGAAGUAUGAGUAUUCCAAGAUUGACAUAGCGAGGAAGUCAUGCUCAAAUCCUGCUAAAACCAAAGGGAAAGUGUACCCAAAUGCGUUUUCUUAUGAAAUGAGAUUCCACAUGUCAGUGAAAAAUUCCAAAGGAAAUAUAGGUCGGGGUUAUUCUGCCCCAAUCUCUGUUGAUAAUCAGCUCUAUCAGUACUCAAGCUAUGUGGAGUCUGAAGAGCCAGCGAAUUUCAACAGCAGUGGUCCAGUCAAUAUCAGCUACCAAAUAGGCCUCACAGCGUACUCGACGAUCUCUCCAUUCAACACAUCUUCCACAUUGUGUGAGAACUUUGAGAUCUUAGCUGAAGGGUUGUAUGAUGCUGAAACAGGAAUCUUGUGUAUGGUAGGGUGCAGAACUCUUGGCUCAAACGAUUCUCUGGAUUGCGAGAUUCUUGUCAAUUUUGAGUUCCCUCCAACAAAUAAAAGAAAUUCAGGUCGUAUCAAGGGAAGCAUUAAAAGCACGAGGGAAAAAUCUGAUAGUCUUUACUUUGAAGUUUUAGACUUGUCUGAAAAUACUUAUUACAGGGAUGAAGCCUCCAUUUGGAGGAUGGAUGCAGAAAUCAUCAUGGUACUUAUCUCCACAACACUUUCAUGUGUGUUUAUGGGACUCCAACUCUUUCAUGUCAAAAGGCACCCGCAUGUGCUUCCCUUCACCUCACUUGUCAUGCUAUCAAUUCUCACUCUGGGUCACUUGAUACCUCUUGUGCUCAACUUUGAAGCCUCGUUCCUGAGAAAUUCUCGUGGGAGAAGUAUAUUCUUUGACAGUGGUGGAUGGAUUGAAGCAAAUGAGGUAAUUGUAAGGGUGGUUGGAAUGGUAGCUUUCUUAUUUCAAUUCCGUCUUUUGCAUAGAACAUGGUCCGCAAGAAGGGGUGAUGGUAAUCAGAAGGCUUUGUGGAUUGCUGAGAAGAGGGUUCUCUUUGUUGUUUUACCAUUAUGUGCAGCUGGGGCUUUAGUCGCUGUGAUAGCCAACUGGGGAAAUAAUGAAAAUGAUGUUGUGAUGGAUACUUAUUCCUUAAGAAGUACCAAUCCACGUACUCUUUGGUGUGACUUGAAAUCUUAUGCUGGAUUGGUCUUGGAUGGUUUUCUUUUGCCUCAAAUACUGCUGAACCUGUUUUGGAACUCCAGAGAGAGAGCUCUCUCUUGUGGAUUCUACAUGGGAAACACUUUAGUCAGAUUGCUACCUCAUGCAUAUGAUCUUUACAGGGCUCACAAUUAUUGUCACCGGUAUGAUGGGUCAUACAUAUAUGCAAAUCCUGGUGCAGAUUUUUAUUCCACUGCUUGGGAUGUUGCUAUCCCUCUUGGUGGUUUGGUUUUUGCAUUGAUCAUUUACUUGCAGCAGAAGUUUGGUGGUCGGUUCAUCUUUCCUCAGAGGUUUAGAGAGAUGGAAGGGUAUGAAAAGUUGCCUUUGAUUAGUGAUGCAUAAUUGCCAGAGGAAUCUUACAUCACCCAUCUAUGGCCUUUUACAUAUAUUGAGCAUGUUGUAUGUUUUGUAAGUUAGCUGUAUGAUCUCUUUCGGUUAUCGUUCUUGUAUUUAAGCUUAUGCUUCUUUCAU